GUAGCGCUCCCUCUUGUGACAUGUUCCCGUUCUGUAACACUACUUGGAAAAUACGUAAACUCACAACGUCUUUUAAGUGGUUAAACACUGUUUAAAGAUGUAUUUAAGUGAGUAGAGCGAUGGAGGAAAUAGACCCGGAAGUAUGGGAGAACACGACCAAUGGAACUUUGGAAAUCCUGGACAUCGACUAUCCGAGUCUGGAGGCUGUAGACACUCCCUUCCAGGUCUGUCUGGUCGUGUUGUUCUCCCUGACCGCUUGUUUGAGUCUGGGUGGCAACCUCACAGUCAUAGCCAUCCUCACGUUCGGGAAGAGGUCGUCAGGGGAUUUGAGGGCUUUCCUCAUCAACUUGGCCGUGUCUGAUGUCACUAUGGCCAUCUUCUCAAUACCCUUCACAUAUACGCUGUUCAUGCUGGGACGUUGGGUGUUCCCGCCGUGGUUCUGUCCCAUCGUGAUGGCUAUGCAGCACACCUCAGUCAUCGUGUCAGUCUACACACUCAUGGCUAUAGGAUUCGACAGAUACAGAGCUAUCUGGUAUCCCUUCGACCGCCACAGCCGCAAUCUACGCAACAAAGUGAUCAUCUUCUGUAUCUGGGUGAUGGCGGGUCUUGUGUCUGCCAUACAACUCAAGGUGGUCGAGUCUCGCCAGUUCAAAUAUGACGGAAGGAUGAAUCAGGACUGUUCAGAGCGAUGGAGCGAGCCUCAUCACAGCAGGUACUACACUGUGUUCAUCUUUCUGUUCACUUUCUUUAUCCCACUGUUUGGCCUCGCCCUCACCUACUCGUCCAUCGCGUGGAAGAUGUGGCGCAGAUCUUCCCCCGGCAACGCCGACCCUGACAGAGACCUCGUCCAGCUGCGUGCCAAACGCAAGGUUAUAAAGAUGCUGGUGACUAUAGUUGUCCUGUUCUCUCUGUGCUGGCUGCCUCUACAGACGUUCUACGCUAUCUACGCCUUCUUCCCUGACUUUGCUAACUCUCAGACUGACGCAUCUCGACUAGUCUACGUCUUGUCCUACUUUGGUUGUUUGUGGCUAGCAAAUGCAAACAGCUUCGUCAACCCACUCAUAUAUUGUUUUAUGAGUGAAAAUUUCAGAGCUGAUCUACGAGACAUGGUUUGGAGAGUGUGGAGGAGAAACAACUCACACAACCUACAUGGAGGAUCCAUUAGAAGCUCAACUAGGACUACCAUAUGUAUGACACACCACAACUCAGAUUACUCAAGGUCUUUUAGAAGAUCUCAACGUGACAUGUCAUUCAAAAGUACAACAUUUGAGAAAAAUGCUGAUUACCGAAGAUAUAGUAAUGUUCAUUCAUAUUUGUAAAAUGAAUUAAGAAUAAUGUGUAAGAAACUACAGGGAUUUGGUCAUGUUCAAGCUAUAUGAAACUUUUAUAAUAUUGGUGUGAAUUUAUAAUCCGGACAAAAUUGAUAUGAUUAUCUUACUACAAGUGGUCAUUGUCACACUAGAAUUUAAUAAGUAAUUAAUUUCAUACUAUGAGUUUAAAUAGUGAUUUUCCCUCCUCAAAUUUAUAAAGAUAUUACCAAAGUAUUACAUUUUAUUUUGUUUCAACUUUGAAGCUAAAAUACAUUACAUGGAGUGUAAUGCACUAAAAGCUUCUCGACCGUUAGCUUCAUUUUAUGAUUUAUAGUAGUUUAUGAUUUAUCUCUUAUAAAACAGGAAAAUAUGUUAGUCAUACACAUUACUUAUGAACAGAAGUUUGAGAAGGCUACAUUUUAAAAUUAGCGUCAAUAUUCAGUUUACCCUUUGAGUUUAUUUGAAGUGUCCUGAUUUCACUUUAUGAAAAUGUAUUUUGUUCUUGAUAACUAGAAGUAGGACAAUAAUAUAAAUAAUGUAUAGCUAAAACCAAUGUACAACUCAAACAUAUUGUAAAUGUCAUGUUUCUAAUUUAAAUAACAGUGUAUACAUUUGGUUUUGUCAUUAGCUUCAUAUUCCAGUGUUGGUUUGAUCUUACAAAACAAGAUAUAUUGCUGUGAUGGAAAUGUGAAUAUUUGGUCCUAAUUAGAUUGAU